UCAAACUCGGGACGAUCCUUUAACAUCGGAACCACCCAUUUUCGUUCAUCCCAUCUGUUCUUCUUCUUCCUACAACUCCCGAGAGAUCGCUACGAAAGCGUCUUCUGGGUUAGUCGUGUUUGCAACUAUACUCACGUCUCUGCAUUGUUAGGCAUUGCGAGGCCCUGAUUUCUUCGUCGAGCCACGAGAUUGAUUCGGUCGCUUCUUGUCAUCGUGCCAAUGACGGGCCCGAGCUCAAAUUUGUUUCUUUGCUGCACCGAGUUCAUGGGUGUCUUCACUGGUGAUGAUGGCAAUAAAUCCUUCCUUACCGACAGAGAGUCUAGAGAUAACAAUUCACUCGUCCUAUGCUUUGGUGAAAUGUUGAUUGACUUCGUUCCAACUGUUGGUGAAGUUUCCCUAGCCGAUGCACCAGCAUUUGAGAAAGCUCCUGGCGGUGCUCCAGCUAAUGUGGCUGUUGGCAUAUCAAGGCUAGGAGGCUCUUCAGCCUUUAUCGGAAAGGUGGGUGAUGAUGAGUUUGGGCACAUGCUGGCUAACAUCUUGAAGCAAAAUAACGUUGACGAUUCUGGAAUGCGUUUUGACCAAAAUGCAAAAACCGCAUUGGCUUUUGUAACACUGAGAGCAGAUGGAGAGCGUGAAUUCUUGUUUUUUCGUCAUCCAAGUGCUGAUAUGCUUUUGCGUGAGUCAGAACUUGACAUGAGCCUCAUUGAGAAGGCAGCAAUAUUUCACUAUGGUUCUAUUAGUUUGAUUGAGGAGCCGUGCCGGUCAACUCAUAUUGCUGCAAUGGAAAUUGCCAAAAGGUCAGGAAGCCUACUCUCUUAUGAUCCAAAUUUGAGAUUGCCCCUAUGGCCAUCAGCAGAGUUUGCUCGGACGGAAAUAAUGAGCAUAUGGGAUCAAGCUGACAUAAUUAAGAUAAGUGAAGAAGAAAUUACAUUCCUGACAGGAAGCGAUGAUCAUAAUGAUGAUAAUGUGGUGUUAGAGAAGCUCUUUCAUCCUAACCUCAAGCUUCUUUUGGUAACUGAAGGCUCUGAGGGCUGCAGAUAUUUCACUAAGGACUUCAAAGGCAGAGUGGGCGGUGUUACGGUUAAUCCAGUGGACACAACUGGUGCAGGAGAUGCAUUUGUAGGUGGAUUGUUGUACUGCUUAGCUUCUGACCCCAACCUGUACAAGGAUGAGACGAGAUUGAGAGAAGCUCUAUACCUUGCAAAUGUCUGUGGUGCCAUCACUGUGACAAAAAGUGGAGCAAUCCCUGCACUGCCAACGAAAGAGGCUGUUUUGGAAUUCCAACAAGCUAAGAGUGCUUCAUAAUGAACAUGGAGAUAAAAGUUGAACUUGCUUAGUUUUCAAACCUCUUUCCAAGCUUGUGUAAUUCAAGUUUACUCUUUGAGGUAAAAUCCCACCGCACAUUUCAUUUCUCUGA